AUCGCAUGGGAUUUUUAAGUACAAUGAUGUUUAGUCUUUUGAUGUAUAAUUAUUAUUCAGCCAGUAUAAUUUCCUCACGUUUGAAUGAACCUCUUAACAAAAUGAAUGAUUCACUUUAUUCACUAUCAAAAAGUGAUAUGAAAUUAGCAUCGGAACAUCAAAUUUACCUUGAGUAUUUUCUGCAGGGAACCGAUUGGGAGACAAAAACUUUCUAUAGAAAUAAAUGGUUAAAAAUUCCUGAACUACAGCGGUAUUUAUUGCCAAGAGAAGGAAUAAAUCUAGUACAACAAGGAAAGAUAGCUUACCACACAGAUCCCAUAGUUGGAUAUCCUCUAAUCGGAAAAUUAUUUGAUAAUCAAGAAAUUUGUGAACUAACCGAAGUGCAUCUUGUACCACCAACUGAAUUUUGUUUCUUCGUUAGUAGGAAUGGGACAUUUUUUGAAAUUUCAAAAAUUGCAUUAGUUAAGAUGUUUGAAGUGGGAAUACGACAAAGACAGGUAAAUAGAUGGUCAGCACGGAAACCUCUUUGCAGGAAGGAUAUUAUGUCUAUCAACAGCGUUACAAUAUAUGAAGUAGCAUUUGCAUUAAUUUUAUUAAUAACCGGAAUUGCUUUUUCUAUGAUAAUAUGUGGUUUUGAAUACCUAUCAUUCAUUCGAAGAGAAUGA